AUGGAGGGAGGCAAAAGAAGAAGUAACGACAGAAAAAUAGCGCCGAGUCAUGAUAAAAAACUAGAAAUGAAAGCUUUGAAAAAUUUAGCUUCGAAACUAAAAGUAGCGAGAUCAAAGAAGAGGCUUAGCUCAGGGAUUCUAUAUCCGACUAAAGAGUAUACAGACCAUUCUUAUCUAAACACUGAUCUUGAUUUCAUGACUCUUACAGAUCGAGAACUUGAGAAUACGAGUGAAAUCAAGUCAUAUUCGGAAUGGAGGAGAUAUGUGACAGAGCAUCUUGAUAAGUCUCAUAAAGACUUGAUCAUUCCUUAUCUCAAAAUCUCAAAGAAGAGAAGCAUAAUUUAA